AUGACAGCUUCCGCGACGACGCCGUCCGACGGCACCGGCUUUGCCAGCAUCCUCAAGCGCGAUUACUGCUAUGAUUACCCUGGUAGUGUACGGUGUAGUAGUUGGUAUUACUGGGGCCGAUGGGUGCUGGCCGGUCUCGCUCUGCUCCUCUUCUUCCUCUUCAUCAUGUCUCUCCUGAGCCUCGCUCGCCGCCGCCGCGCAAGAGGUGCCCAGCCCUACUAUGGUACUGGGUGGAUGGCCCCGGUGGGCAAGUAUGGAGGCCCCGAUGGCCAGAACAACAGCUAUCCGAUGCACGACUACCAGAACCACCAGAACGGCUACUACAGCAACGGGCCGGUUCACAACCCGCCCCCGGCCUACGGCGCGCAGGCGCCGCAGUACACGGGCACGACCUUCAACCCCAACGAUGGGUACUACGGGAACCAGCAGUACAAUAACAACGUCCAACAGCCGCAGAAUACCUACCACCCGGAUCACACGUACCCGGCGCCUCCGCCAGUUCCGCAGAAUAAGUAA